AUUUUCAUAAGUUCUUAAUUAAUUUAAAAAAAAAUGAUGGAUGAAUCAACGAAUUAUUAUUAUAAUUAUCCACAAGGAUCAACACCUUUGCUCAAUGAUCGAAUGUUGAAAUGUACUCAACCAGUGACAGUGCCAUUAGUUUCUUCUUCAGGGAUGGAUGUAGCGGUGUUGAUACCAAUACAUCGUAAAAUUCAUAUUAAUCCUUCAGUGCUAUUGUCCCAACAACAACGCGAAAGUUUUUCCGAGAUUCCAUCAAAUUCAUCUUAUUCUUCACACUCGUCUUCACGUACUGAAACUCACUCACCAGUGAAAAGAAAUAAAAGCAAAUAUUCUAGGCGUUCUAGAUGCCUCAAAAAACACAAACGUGCUACUGAGAGACGUAACAUUAAUAACAAUGAGACGAAAAUAAGUUCGAGAGAAUUAUCUCCCUUGAUUUUGGGAAUUCGUGCUGACCAACGUCGUGCUAUUAGAAAUGAUGAUGAUGAUGUUGACUUUCAUGAGCUAAUGAACAGAGAACUAUCUGAUAGAGAGAAGGUUAGAAGAACUGUCGAUGCAAGAUUGUGGCUUCAAGCUAAAACUGCUCUGAAAAAAGCCAAUGAAAUAGUUAAAGCUAGAGGUCAAGAUCAAAGACUUGAGAAUUGUAAAAAAAUUAGAUUAGAAACAAUUAACAAAACGUUUGUUAAUCGUGGAACUUCACCCAUUAUUUUUGAGUCACCCUGUGAACGUAAUUCAGUUGGUGAAUUUCAAAUAGGAAAUGUUAAAACUGAAAUUGAACUACUUGAGAGCGAUGAUGAUAAAUGCCAAGUGAUUGAGAUUGACAGUAAAAUGGAAGAUAAGUUGCUCCGUGAUGAUGAUGAAGAUAAUCGUAUUGUUUCGUUCUCGACAUGUUGAUUGAUAUUAAAUUAAUAAUGAUAUUAGUUUAUUAGCACAUCGUACUUAUGUAAAGUUUUCAGAAACUUCAAUUUAAGUUAUAUCUAAUAAAGAGCGCAACAAUGAUUAUAAAAUUGUUAUCUUAUUGAAUAUUAAAGUUAAAUUAAGAACAUUAUUACUUAGCAAGUAUGGAAUGUAAUGCCAAUAAUUUUUUAAGUAAAAACCAA